AAAACUGCCUAAUUGUAGGGAAGAGCAUGUGAUCCCUAGGCAGAACAGAAGCAGCCUUCAGAAAGGGCAACAGCGAUGUGUGACACUGAGAAUCCAAAGUUCCCCGAGCUGGCAGGAUUGGAUGAGGACGUGCUGAUGCCCUCUGGAUGGAGCCACUUCAACCUCGGAAGCCAAAGAAGUCAGAGCCUGAGGAGCUUUCCAGCUCCCUGGCUGAGUCGCCUGGGCUUCCUGAUGAGGAUGAUCUUCUUUGCCCUUUCCUUCAUCCUCACCAUCACUAUCUUAUCCCAAGUCUUCCAGAAUCAAAGUCAGCGUAAUUUGGAGCACGAAGCAAUCCAGAAGAAACUGAACCAGCUCUCUGCCCAGCUGAAAGAUGGUGGGGUCUUCCAGAAUCAAAGUCAGCAUAACUUGGAGCAUGAAGCAAUCCAGAAGAAACUGAACCAGCUCUCUGCCCAGCUGAAAGAUGAUGUGGUCUUCCAGAAUCAAAGUCAUCAUAACUUGGAGCACGAAGCAAUCCUGAAGAAACUGAACCAGCUCUCUGCCCAGCUUAAAGAUGGUGGGGUCUUCCAGAAUCAAAGUCAGCAUAAUUUGGAGCACGAAGCAAUCCUGAAGAAACUGAACCAGCUCUCUGCCCAGCUUAAAGAUGGUGGGGUCUUCCAGAAUCAAAGUCAGCAUAAUUUGGAGCACGAAGCAAUCCAGAAGAAACUGAACCAGCUCUCUGCCCAGCUGAAAGAUGAUGUGGACCUGAGGACUAAAGAACAAGUUCAGGCUUCACAACUCAUUCAGCAACUGAACAAAACCCUGAGCACCCUUUGCAGUCCCUGUCCCUGUGAUUGGAAGCUCUAUAAAGACAGCUGUUACCACUUUUCUGUGUACCGAAAGCCAUGGGAGGCAGCCAGAGGGGCGUGUGAGGCCGAUGAUUCCAACCUGGUUAUCAUUAGCUCUUCUGAGGAGCAGAAAUACCUGAACCAGAGGGCUGACUCCAACCACCGGUGGUGGGUGGGGCUCAGUGACAAGAAGAAAGAGGGGCUCUGGCACUGGGUGGAUGGAACGACUCUGAAGCAGGCCUUUUGGAAUGCGGGAGAACCCAACAAUGCUGGGGAUGAGGACUGCUGUGAGCUGACCUCUCAAGGUUGGAAUGAUGCACCCUGCAGCAAGGAGAACUUCUGGAUCUGUGAGAAGAAAGCUUCCUCUUGUAUCAAGCUCUGAGGAGCUCCAGGGCUUGGGGGCAUGGGAUUGGUAAGGGUGGCGACUGUGUCUGGAUAGGAGAGAAGAAGAGACAGGGCUGGUGGCCAGGACUCCUGGGUCUGAACCCAGGUUAUUGUGCCCCACCCCCACUCUUGUAUCUCAGUUUAUCCUUUUGUGUAUCUUGGCCCUUAUUUUCUUUCACAAAGGCCAAAGUUCCCUGAGAUGCCCCCCCAAAAACCUUUCCCCUACACUCCUAUACUAAUCUCCAUGGCUGUGGCUGUCACCUCUAUCUAGCUGACUCCCACAUCUACAUCUCUUGCAUGCUUGCUCCCUGAAGUUCUGAACUCUAGAUGUCCAUCUGUCUGUGGCUGACUAUCCAUCCCUGCCUGGAGGGCCCAUUUCACUGCAAUAAAUGACUCCUUCUCCACCUCAUGCAUACUUUUGUAAAGGUUUCCUGCAUGUCCAGUGUCUGGCACAUAACUGAUGCCUAAUAAAUGCUGGUUAGUUGAUUAAUCUUGA